AGCAAAUCAUCUUCCCUUCAGUCUCAGUUUUCACUUCGGGAGCAAAAAGAAGUCCCAGGGAGCGGGAUCUAAAGAAUUUGUCAGAUGCAAAGCAACAGCCUCAGUGUUUUUAGUAAGAAACUCUGACUGACUACACGAUACGUUCAGAGACACAAUGAAUAGGAGCGUAAAUGGGAGCAUAAGUCGCCCGAUACAAAUAUUCCAGAUAGUUGUCUACACUCCAACUUUUAUGUUUGGAUUUAUCCUUAAUAUCUGUGCCAUAUGGAUUCUCCUGACGAAGAUAAAAAAAUGGACCACACUGACCAUAUACCUGGUAAACCUCAUCCUAAACGACUGCCUGUUACUCUUCACUCUACCAUUUAAAAUCCAUGCGUAUAAGGUGGGGAUGUGGAGCCUUGGGAGACUUUUCUGCUCAUUUCUAGAGAGUCUACACUUUGUGAACAUAUAUGGGAGCAUCUUGAUCAUAACAUGCAUCGCUUUUGACCGCUAUUUAGCUAUAAGACAUCCCUUUUCAGCAAGAGCUCUUCGUUCACCAUUGAAAGCAGCACUUGUCUGUGGAGUUGUGUGGAUAAUACUUUUUUCUGCAAGCACGGAGUCUUACAAGAACACCAGUAACAGAACUUCUUGUUUCUAUGGCUUUUCCCAUGAAUUGUGGAAAAAGCUGUGGCUGGUUUUGAUAAUAGAAGUUGUCUUUGUUGGCAGCGCAAUCAUCAUGACUUUCUGUUCUGUAGAAAUAAUACGCACUCUGACUGACAGGAAUACCAAGCUGGAUUGGCACAAACUACGUAACAGUAAAUCAAUUAAAAUUGUCCUGGCAAACCUUCUUACAUUCUUGGUCUGCUUCAUACCCUAUCAUGUUGCUGUUUUUGUGUAUUUUCUAGUAAAAAACAAAGUGAUCACCUCUAAUUCUGACACGCCACGCAACAUUGUAAUUGUUACCAUGUGCAUCAGCUCCAUAAACUGCUUACUGGAUGCCCUUUGCUAUUAUUUCAUUUUAAAGGAACACUGGAAAAUCAAUAGCAAAGAUGCGACAGCUCAAAGAGAGGUUCAUUCAAGGUUUUUUGCCAGUAUCUUCAGGAAACCAAAGGAUGAACUCGCAGAAGGGAUUAGUCUCCACUGAGAGCAUACCUCUUAAAAAUCACCAGCUAAACUCAAUCAAGAAGCUGGAAUUGUAUAUUUAAAAGCCUUCUGAUCUGCAUGUGUUGUAAGAGAGACUAUGUGUUUGCCUCAUAUCAUGAGUAAGAUGUUUUUCACUGAGUUGGAAUACAUCAGCAAAGACAACAGAGGAGUGUUUGAAUAAUUGAUAUAUUCAACAGCACGGCUAGGAGUCUCAUCUGUUUAGAAAUUGUCACCUUGUCAAGCAAUUGUAUCAUCCACAAUGUCUCUUUUAGAAUAUUGUUCAACGGAAGCUUUAAAGAAUAGGUUUUGUGUUUUUCAAGUCAGUUAUUUAUUCACAAACAUGGGAUAUAUGUCUUUGCCUUGCAAAAUUGUGUUCUAAAGUUAAGCAUUCUGUGUAAAUUAAAAAAAAAAUACAUCCUGUCCUGGCUUUUUUGUAACGGAAGCCAGGAUGAACAACCCAAAAACAAAAGCCUUACAGAAUAUAACUACUGUACUCUGAAGUGGCAGAAAUUUUGAUAUAAAAAACCUGCACUGCAUGUUUCCAGUGCAUGUCUGUAACAAAAAAAGCGACAUGGAAAUAAUCAUUUUAUGGCAUAUUAUCUGGAUAUGCACUAUGCAUUUUCUGUUCACUUGUGUGAUAGCAGUAGCCUUCUUGGUGUUAUGAUUUGAGUGUGUUUUUAAUUUUUCGCAGGUUUUCCUGAGGCGAGAAAAUUCAUCCUGAUGUUUUAAGGACUUUAAAAUCCAACAAGUCCAAUUCUGCUUUCAGAAUAUUACUUAAGAGCUUCCAUUUGGUAGUUGAUUAAUCAUUACCAUCUUUUCCAACGGCAUUCUUCUUUGACAAUGGGUGCCACCAUUUAGAGAUAUUUGUGUCAUCUGGUUCCAUGGUGAUUCUCCCAUGAUGCACAGGGGCUGCACCAGUUGUGGUGCACCACUAUAAAGAUUCCCCCAAACAAUACCUUCUAUCCAAGAUUGGACCAGACCUUGUGACUUUCCUUAACACUGUGGUUGAUACUUAUUAUUUAGAAUUCAGAAGAUAUUCAGACCCCUUCAUUUACUGCACACAUUAUUGUGUUAUUAUCCAUAAUGAUAAAGUGAAAACAUGUUUUCAGAAAGGUUUGAAAAUUUAUUAAAGAUCCAAAACUGAAAUCUCUUAUUUAUAUUAAUAUGUAUUGCAUUAAUAUAUUUAUAGCAAUUAGGCCUUUGACGCAGCACUCCAAAUUGUGGUCAGGUGCAUCCUGUUUGCUUUAAUUAUUCUUGAUGUAUCUAGAACUUGGUUGGAGUCCACCUUUGGCAAAGUUAAUUGAUUAGACAUUGUUUAGAAAGGCAGACCCCUGUUUAUAGAAGAUCCCAAAAAUCACACUCUGUGUCAGAACAAAAACUAAGCCAUGAAAUCCAAGAAACACACUGUGAUCAAUGAAACCAUUUCUAAAGUUUUGAUUGUUCCCAAAAUCAGUUUGGUGUAAAUAAUUGAGAAAUGGAAGAAAUGUGGAACCACCAGGACUCUUCCUAGAGUUGGCCGUUUGGUGAAACUGAGUAGCAGGGAAAGAAGGGCCUUGGUCAGGGAGCUGGCCAAGAACCCAAUGGUUACUCUAACAGAGCUUCAGAAAUCCUCUGCUUAGACGGAGGAAUCUCUUGGAAGGACAACUAUCUCAGUAGCACUCCAUCAAUCAGGAGUUUAUGGUAAAGUAGCUAGAUGGAAGCCACUCUUGAGUGAAAGGAAGUGACAGUUUAAAUCACUCUGAGAACAUGACGAGAAAGAUUCUCUAAUCAGAUGAGGCAAAAAAUGAAUCCUUUUGGCAAAACUCUAAACACUUUGUCAAAGAUCUAGUAUGAUGAAGCAAAAUCACAUAAUAGGAGUGUUUCUUAGCAGCAGGGACAGGGCUAUUGGUCAGAAUUAAGGGAACAAUCAAUGCAGCCAAAUACAGAGAGCUUCUUUAAGAAAAUCUGCAAAGCUUUUACAACGGUGACUGGAACAAUCAAUGGAGCCAAAUACAGAGAGUUCCUUCAAGAAAAUCUGCAAAGCUUUUGCAAAGGUGACUGGAAGAUAAAUCCAAGACAAUGCUAGAAUAGUUUUGGGACAAGUGUGUGGCUGUCCUUGAACGGGACAGUCAAAGCCCAGAUUCUAACCCAUAGAACAUUUGUGGAGAGAGACCCGAAGAUGGCAAUUUACAGACACUUACUAUCCAGUCUAAUGGAAUUUGUGAGGAUCUUCCAGGAAGGAUGGGAUAAACUGUUCAAAUCCAUGCGUGGAAUUAUUUUUAAGAAUGAAUGAUACUUUGCCUGAAAGAGAAAAAAAAAAGACAUUUUGUAUUUUUUCUUCUCAGUGGGAUUUUUGUUUCAUGUAAAAAAAACGUUUAGUGCAAUUUCUAUCUAUUCUAUUUUCCCAAACGUCAGUAUUAUGAAAAAGCAGAUUUCUUAAAAAUCUGUUUUUAUUUGAUUUAAUUUUUGCCAUGGUGGAUGACACCAUCUUUCACAAACCUAAGACUGUGUUUGAAUUGUGUGUGUGCAGAUUGGGGUUUCUUCCUACAUUACAAAGCCUUUACCAUUCUGUUUUAUUUUCUGUCUUGCAGAAGUUGUGACUUAAAGCUGAAAUAAUAAUAAUUGUAUGGUUGGAUUUUAGGUGAAGUAUUUGUUUCCAUGUGAGUGUAAUAAAUGUACUUGGCUACUUUUUAA